UAAUCCUCAGAACGCAUGUCCGGGAGUUCCCUCACGAACCGUAUCCUCGGCCGCACGUAUCUUCUCUUGUCGAUGCCUUAUCGAUAUCCUGGUCCUCGGGUACGCACAGGCUCUCCUCAGCGGAAACAUUGCUCGCAUCUCGCUCUCUAGCACUGGCAACCAUGUCCUCCAUCGCAGCCUUCUCAUUCGGCGCCUUGGGUGACUUCGUCGCCCUCCUUGACCUUUCUAAGAAGGUCCGAAAGUCGCUCAAUGCUAGCUCUGGUGCAUCGCAGGAUUAUCUCAUGUUCCUCUUCGAAGUCGACUCUUUGGUUCGGGUCCUACAAAUGGCUACCCCAGCUACGACCCCAGCCCGGCUGUCACAGCUCUCUCCCGCCUUAAUUCAGGAAGGCCUCAGUGCUCUCAAAUCCGUGCAGAAUAUUAUGACGGACCUUGAAACGAAGAUCACAACUUACCAAGAGAAGUUACGGAAAGGGGGGUCGCGACGAAUGAUGAUGGAAUCGUGGAGGAAGAUCGGGUGGGGGUUGCUCGUGCAGGACGACGAAGUCGCGAAACUACGGAGACAACUGGUGUCCAACGUGAGGACUAUGGGCAUCGUGACGUCGUCAGCGCAGUGUGCCGGAAUAGACGAGCUACAGCAGCAGAGCUGGGUCGUACAUGACCGCUUGACCAAGAUUCUAACGAAGAGUGUCGGGUACACCUGGGAAGGCGGAAUGACCGCGGAAACGGCUCCAAUACAACUUCGCGACAUGUUUGACAACAUCAUCUCCAUCCCUUCAGAGUUCUGCGCUACUCCUGAGCGUUUGGAAGGAUUGCUCAACGUGUACCUCCGCGGUCGGAAGGGUACCAAGUCUUUCCUCAAGGGAGACUACGAGCUGACGAUAUCUGGCUGUGGCACUGAGCUUGACCUUAUUGAUCCAGCGCAAUGGACGAGGAUCGUGAAACCCGGGAUCUUUGUGGAGAUGAAUGCGAUCAUACGACGUAAAUCAAGACCCAACAAUCACUCUGACCUCGAAUGUCCGUGCUGUAGAAGGAUUGUAGUGUCUGUGAAGGCUGAUACCCUCUCCAUAUGUCCACACUGUGAUUCCUCGUUCAUUGUGUCAAGAACUGAUGUCGAUGACCCCACCAACCUUGACGGCCCGCAUGACGUUCCUGAGUUGGUGCCUGGACAGCGUUCUGCUUAUAACCUCUUGGGUGAAUUAGAGAUUAUAUAUGGGCAGAAGGAUUGGCGGGCUCAACAUAUAGCACAACUGGAGGACGUCUACACAGAGUCACAAUGCCUGCGUCAUGUAAGGGUUCUAGAGUGGCUACCAAUUAGGCAUGCUAGGUCCAUGUCUAGGACUGAGGUGGGUUACCCCUUACCAUACCGAGACAGCACCAACAAGGAAGUAACGGUGUUCUGGAAGGGACCAAGGACAUUGUCGAACGUACCGGUCUCUCUCACUUCAUACCUCGAAUUCCCAUGCUUAUUGGCACGCCGACAGGGGGUGGUCAUGCAUGAAGUGGUGUCAGAAGAGACCGGAAGUGUAGUAUCAUUGCUUCCCGCGGCGUUGAUACACAGCUUCAAGGCCCUAACGAUGCAGGGAUGCGCAUAUAUUGGCUACAAUGCGUGGUCCCCGGAUGACUGAGGGACUCUUGAGGUUUACACAUUACGCCUGAUACAGCUGUCUCCUAGUGGCAGUGCGAGGUCGUCAUAUGUACCUUGAGUUUUUAUGGCUUUGUUCUCUCACCCUCUCAUUCAUGAUAGCAACCUUGUAGCAACCGGGACAUAAUGACGUGUUAGAGAGUCAAA